AUGCACCAACUACCUCUCGUUCUGGUUCUGCAUCUACUGUCGCUCGUUUCAAACUCUAUCUCUGCAUACACAUGGCCGUCGCCUCAAUACGACGCCCUUGAAGCUCUACUCUACGAAGGUCGAAGGUCCGACGGUUCAAGUCUUUCUUCUCUAGUACAUCCUUGUCGUAAACGCACGGGAACGCUCGCAUCCGUACCCGCUGAAUGGCUUCGUUUCGCCUUCCACGACAUGGCGACACAUAAUAUUGACGAUGGGACUGGUGGACUGGAUGGCUCGAUUGUCUAUGAGCUUGGCCGUCCUGAAAACUUUGGUCUCGGCUUCAACCAGACACUCGGUGAUUUCGAGGCGUUCCCCAACAAGGUCGUCUCUCGAGCCGAUGUAAUCGCCAUUGGAGCUAUCAUGUCCGUCGCCACUUGCGGUGGACCCAUCAUCCCAUUCCGUGGUGGACGAAUCGACACUUGGACUGGAGGUCCCAAUGGCGCUCCCGAACCACAACACGAUCUUGCUACCCUCACUGAAAGUUUCAGAAAGCAAGGCUUCAACCAGGCUGAGAUGAUCAAGCUCGUUGCAUGCGGUCACACUAUGGGUGGCGUGCGGAGCGCAGAUUUUCCCGACCUAGUUCCUCCCAACCCGAACUCCGUUAACCCUGUCAUCGUUGAUUUUGACACCACUAUGGCGUUCGACAACGAUGUUGUUACAGAAUACUUGGAUGGAACAACACAAAACGUCCUUGUCACCACCCCGAACAGGACUAUGGCUUCCGACCUCCGUGUCUUCGAAGCUGAUGGGAACAGCACCAUGCGCAGCCUCGCCGAUGCUAAUGCGUUCCAGUCUGAGUGCCGGGACAUCCUGACCCGCAUGCUCGACACGGUACCCAGGGACGUUACUCUGACCGAUGAAAUCACUCUCCUCCCAGCCAAGGUUACCGCCGCACAACUUACUUUCGAGAAGGAACAGCUUGUAUUCAAGUCUUCCUUCCGCUUAAUUCAAGCCAUUAACGCCACCGCCAACACCAGGCGCACAGUGACGAUGCUUUGGUGCGACCGUUACGGUGAUAGCAAGGAUUGCGCCGGAGAGACGAGCACAGCUCUCCCCGUCAGCACACUCGCGGACGACCCUAAUGUCUCUCCCAUCACCAUGAAGCUCGGGUACUACUUCCUCAACUACCACUUCGUCGUUCCCAUUGACUCGACCGCAUCCAUCUCCAAGUUCUGGUUCCGCGUCGAUGAGAACGAUGGUUCGAGCCCGACCAUAUACAACAACGGCGAGACCAGCGGCAGUGGUAAUGGCUACCCCGUCGACCAGGAUCAGGUGCUACUCGCCCCGAUGAUGAGUCACGUCGACGUCGUCUCAAACGGGAGCUAUACCAAGACGUACACAAAUCGCAACGGCGAGUCGUUCACGCGACUGUACACCCUCGUCGCGGCCGUCCGAGACGGCGUCAACCCGUCACGCGUGUAUGUCGAUGCCACCGACGUCGCCAUUCGCGAUUUCCCCUUCGCCAUCAACGCCCAGGUCGACCUCAAGCAGAACGAUACUGCUCACGCACCCUUGGCCGGGUAUACGUUCUACACCGGCGUCGUUGAGGAUAUUGGCUUGCAGUUGUCCGUUGACCUCCACGCUGUCGCCUCGGAGCAAACAUAUACGCAGUCAUUCAUGCAGACUCUGCUGCUCGAUAACACACCGUACGUCGCCCCUAGCGGUGUGAACACAACCGCGUCAACGGGAGGAGCACUGUCAACAAUCGCCCCUGCUCUGGGUGGUUCGUGGCGGUCACUGCUACCAUUAGUUGUUGGAGCUCUGCUGGGCAUGGCUCUGUGA